AUGUUCAUUGAAAAAUCAGCUGGUGGGGACUCGCUAGAAGCCGACGAUCAGCGCGAUGUACACAAGUGGAAGGCGGUCUUCUCGGUAGUCGUACUUACUUGGAACUUCACGCUCGGCUGUGAAGCCGGCGUAUUUCUCCGGCGGCGCCACCGCUGCAACUUCUUGGUGAAACAGUCGCUGUGCUACACGCCGCCUCUCGUGUCGGUUGUCGACCUAUCGACGCCUGUGGUGUUGACUGAAAGGCCGCUUCGCUUCCCAGUAGCGGGCGCCCCGCGUGACGUCAGCGAUAACGUGACGCCGCGCCGCGCCACGCCACGCCGCCGUACUUAUCACGGGCCUCCGGCGACGCUGGGCCAGUACUGCGAGUUCCGCUGCGCUGCCAACUACGCCCGCGUACGUGUCACUUCGUUUGCUGUUCUCCCGGCGCUAAGGACCAGCGAACAGAAUAUGGAGCCAAACAAGACCCAGCCACCCCCAUAUGGGUUCCAGCCGCCGCCCACGCAGCCACCACCGUACACACCGACACCUCAGGCGCAGCCUUACGGCCCGCCCCCACCACAACCUGGAUACGUCCAACAACACAUCACAGUGGUGGCGCCUCUGAUGCUGGGCACGGACCCGUGUACAACUGAGUGUCCCGCGUGUCGAGCUACCAUAGUAACCAGGACGUCGUCGAAGCCAUCCACAAACACGCACUUGCUGGCGCUACUGCUGUGCAUAUUCGGGCUGUGGCCGUGCGUGUGCGUGCCAUACUGUGCAGAGUGCGCGUACGCUGUCGACCACUUCUGCCCCAACUGCAACGCCUACAUCGGCCAAUCGAUGGCGUAACGGCGGGCCGCACCGAGCCUGCGGUCUCGUUCAUGGCAGUCACGUCGAGGGCGGGGACCCAUUUCCGCUCAGAGAGGGCUGCGUGCUGAAUCAUCUCCGGCCACGCUGCGAUAUACUCAGGGCUUGCGGCUGCGAGCCACCGGUACUAUUCACGUACCGUCUACGUGUGCUGAUUCCUAAGUCGUACUGUAUAUUUAUAAGUCACAAUGUUCUAUGUAUUUAUUCCUUUUGUAAAUAUUACUAUUUGAAAUAAAUACAUUAUUGCUAAAA